GUUCGAUUUACCUGUCUUUUCGUUCAUUUGCAUUAUCGAUCGAUAUCUUUCAUUGUAUGAAAGAAUAGAGAAGUGAGAUCGUUCACUGAACCGGCGAGGGGAGCGUAAACACUGCAUCGCCAUAGCAGAGGGAAUAAAUACAGACGACACUCGGUGAGGAUGAACAUGGGGAUGACAGUUGUGGAUUUACCUUGACUUACAGCUUGUCGUAGGUGAUGUUCCGGCCCCAGUCUAGUUCUCCUGUUCAACGGAUACUUAACAGGAACAGCGUCUCUCCUGAACCAUCACCGGAAUCUGAGGAAUUGUACAAGACGAUGGACAACAAUGAGUCGUCCAGACUGAAACCUAGCCAUACCGUCUCUAGUCAGCCUGAAACAAAUACCCCUAGGCCUCUACCAAACGUUGUCUUUCCCGCUCGACUCCCGCCAUUGAACUCGCACAGAGACACGCAGGGAUCAAUUAACAUCGAACCCAAUCUGGCGACAUCUACUGAUGUGGAUGACGAGAACGGCGCUCUGAAAAACUUCUCACUAGAAGAACCGGAGGAAGCACGCUUGUCAGAUAGUUCUGCAGACAAGGCUGUUAUGGAAAUGGCGAACCUGAUCACAAACCCAGGCGAUGUACCAGGGGCGACUCUCCCAGCCUCGGGUAUGAAGCGCACCGACAGUUCCGAGGCACUCAAUCUUACCCUACACCAAUGUGCCCGUGAUGGAGACGAGACAAACAUGAAGAUUGUGCUGAAGAACAUCAGCGGCCAUCUCAAGAAGAAAGUGAAUGCACUAGAUGAUGAAGACCUGACCCCAUUGCACUAUGCAGCUCGCUACAACCAUCUCAGUGUUGUCAAGUUGUUAGUGGAUGCUGGAGCAGACCCGAAUGCGAAAGGUGAAGAUGAAGUCACCCCUCUCCACACAGCGGCCCGAUAUCGCCGUGAGAAGAACAAGAGGAAAGAGACCAACAGCCCAGAAGAGGGGGAAACAGCUGAGUCAAAUAUUGCAGCCAAUGGCCUCCCGCAACUUGUGGAGUACCUGGAAUCAAUUGAAAACUCUGGAGACAGCUGUAUAUCAUUCCUUGUCAAGAAUGGUGCCAGAGUCAAUGUUGUGGAUAUCUACGGACAAACACCUCUACAUUUUGCUGCCAUGAGGGGAAAUGAAAUUGCAGCCAGGGAUCUGCUCAGUUUUAGCGAUAUAAAUGUCGAAGCUCAAGACAAGCAGGGUAUCACAGCCCUCCACAUGGCAGCCAUACACAACCAGGAGGGUGUGGCAGCCAUGUUGAUCGAGGCGGGUUCCAACUUGAGGUGUGUGGACCAUGAACAGUCCACCCCGUUGCAUCAUGCAUGUUCAGAGGGGAACGUUGCCUUCGUGCAGAUGUUGUUUGAUGCUGGAGCCCGUAGUGCCGAAGGCUGGGUCAUGGUUUCUAGUAUGCUGACGGAUCGCGAUGUGGAGGAGAGCACAUGCCUCCAUCUGGCUGUAGACAACGGACAUUAUGAUGUGGCUAAGCUCUGUUUGGAGAAACGUGCUGAUGUGAAUGUCCCACGGAAACACUAUAUGCAUCCUCUCCAUCUGGCCGCCAUGUCGGGAGACAUCCGCAAUGUCAAGCUACUGAUGGAGAACAAUGCUCGUAUCGACGUGUUGAAUGACGAACAGGCAACACCUCUACACAAAGCUGCCCAGUUAAAUCAUCUGGCUGUUGUGAAAUAUCUUGUUGAUCAGGGAGCAAAGAUUAAUCGACGUGACAAAGACAACUACACGCCCCUUCUGCUGGCUGUUACGUACGGUCACGUGGAAACUGUGGAGCUCUUGUUGCAGAAAGGUGCAGAUUACACUGCUGUCGACAAGAAUGACAAAACCAUCAUCUACCUGGCAGCUGAGGAAAACAAAGCUCCAGUGCUGAAGAAACUGUUGUCUUACCCACAAGUGAAGCGCCUGAUCAAUCAAAGUGAUCGCUAUGACAACGAUCCUCUUCAUAUUGCGGCUCAAAGUGGUUACAGUGAGAUCUUAGUGACAUUACUGGAGAAUGGCGCUGAUCUUGACAGCAAGAAUGAGGAAGAGCAGACGCCAUUACAUCUCGCUGGCAAAUUCGGGAGAACAAACAAUGUGAGAGAGUUGGUGAAGCGUGACAAGUCAUCCAUCAAUGACGAGGAUGAGAACUCCAACACUCCUCUUCAUCUGGCAGCCAUGCAGGGACAUGACAAGGCAGUAGCACUCCUCCUGGAGUUUGGAGCAGACGUUGCCAGCAGGAACUACAGUCAGUGGACACCACUGGAUCUGGCUGCAUCCAAGGGAUGGAUGAAGACGUGCCGAAUCCUCCUGGAAGAUGAUGCACCCAUUGACCCCAUGGACAAAAACCAGACCACUCCUCUUCAUCUUGCGUGUCGCAAUGGUCACGCUCCGGUGGUAAGCCUGCUCCUUGAAUGGGAUGCAGAUGUGACAUUGCCAGACUCUGAUGGUCUAAACAGUCUUGAUAUUGCCAUUGAAAACCACAACAUUGAUGUUGCCAUGGUGAUCAUCAACUCUGAAGUGUGGGAGGAUGCAUUGCGACAUGCAUCACUGGACCUGGUCACAGGACAACUGGACACGCCCAUGAGGAAACUCAUUAGGAAGAUGCCAGAUGUUGCUGAGCGAGUGUUUGAUCGGUGCCUGAGCUAUGGAGCUGAGAAGAAUCCCGGGCGACCUGAAUAUGAAAUCACGUUCAACUAUGAGUUCUUGGAUGAUGUUUAUGCAAAUUGGCUAGACACAAAGAGAGAGUCCACCAGCGAAUCUGGAUCAAGUUCAGGUUUUGGUGUGUAUGACGAAGAUGACAGGUUACUGGCAGGUGCCACGCCCUACACUUCGGACUCCAACAUGCUCAAGAAGAACCACCCUCUCAUGAUAAUGGUGACGUCGAGUCGAGAGGACCUACUGGCUCACCCUCUUGUCAUGUCCAUGUUGAACCACAAGUGGAACACAUUUGGCAGUGUAUUCUACUACCUCUUCUUUCUUCUCUACCUGGUGUUCCUAACGUUCCUCACGGCAUAUAUCAUCGAGACCAGACCACCCUAUAAAUUUAAUUCCACUGAUGCCGAUGCCAUUGCCUCAGGAUCAUGUGACCAGCUGACUACGUCAUAUCAACAGCCAUUGAUUUCUGUCAUAGCUAAAUAUGUCAUAAUAGGAUUAGCAGCCUUCAACUUGUUGAAAGAGCUACUACAAAUCUAUCAAGCCAAGCUGUCAUACCUUGGCUGGACAAAUCUGAUUGAGUGGAUUACCUAUGUCUCGGCUCUACUCCUUGUGGUUGACUUCAAUGAUUGUCAGAAGGACACAGGCUACAGACUGGAUUGGCAGUGGUCACUGGGAGCUGUGUCUGUGUUCCUGGCAUGGAUGGUGCUGGUGCUGUUCAUCCAGAAGUUCCCCAGGUUUGGAAUCUACGUUGUCAUGUUCACGGAGAUCCUCACCACCGUCGCACAGUUCUUUGUCGUCUUCUUCCUCUUCAUCGUGGCCUUCUCGCUUGGCUUCUACACUUUGUUCCAGAAUCAGAUUGCCUUCCAAAACGUCCCAAGUGCAAUGAUCAAAACAGGAGUAAUGAUGAUUGGCGAGUUUGAGUUUGAUGGAAUAUUUAAUGAACAAUUCAAGUCAACAACUCCAGAUGAGAAGGAUCGAGUGUUGUAUCCUGAAGUUUCUUAUCUUCUCUUUGUUAUCUUCCUCAUCCUCAUGUCAAUCAUCGUCAUGAACUUGCUUGUUGGUUUGGCUGUAGAUGACAUCAAGGCUGUGCAGGACCAGGCUGCCCUCAAGAGGAUGGCUAUGCAGGUUGACUUGGCAUUAGAUGUGGAGAGAAUCCUGCCUGACUUCAUCAGACGAAAGUCUUACAUCCGAAGAAAAACAUUCAAACCAAACCAGUGGCUGUCGAACCCUGUCAGAAGACUGUUGAACUACCAGUCCUCCAUGUCAGCUCAGGCCAUUCAGAAGGCACUCAAUCCAGAGCUGGAUGAGAUCGAGAAGGUUCAGGAGAGUCAGGAAAAACUGCAUGGAGACAUGAAGAAAAUGAAGAGAAUUGUGAAGGAGCUUCGAGAACAGAACUCUCGCAUUGAGAGCAUGUUGCGAGCCAUUGUGACGCAGACCGAAAACAUCCACUGGCAGGAGGAAGAUUAUCAAGAGGAUGAGGAUGAACUGGAUCAGCAGACAAUAGAGAACUCGCUCUCCUAGACACAGGGUUAUCCCCCUUGGCUGGAUUAUCUCCCUUUGCUAGAUUAUCAGUUUUGAUCAUAUAUGGAUGGAUGCAACACCAGUCAUUGUUUGAACAUUUUGUCCCGUGGAUGGAAGUGCCCCAUGUUAAAGUCAAAUUUAAAUUUUUACAGCAAUAAUGUUUCUGACUGUUUGGAAAAGUCAGAGCACAAUACUGCUUCUCAGAUCUGAUCACUGUGGUACUUUGAACAUUUUUGUAUAUACACUUACCUUUAUAUGAGAAUCCCACCUGUGUUUAAAAGGUAGCACAGAUCUCAUUAAUGUAAAUAUUUUUUGAGACUAUUGUUAAUCACAUGUAACAGAUUUCUAGCUAUGCUGCGUUCAGAAGCAGUGAUAUUACCGAAGGUUAUGCUCUCUGCAUGGUUGCUUGAUGGAUUCUUUUGAUUAGGAAUUCAGUGAUAUGCUACAGGAUAUGCUUGGGAUUGUUUUGAGUAGGAAUCCAGUGAUAAACGGUUACAUGAUGAUCAUUAUUAUGAAGCCAGCACUAUAUCAUAGGUUGUGCACUUCAGUGGUAUGGUUAGGCAGCACUAACAAAGUGUCUUUUGACAAUUCCUGUGACUAGGACAAAAACAUAUGGUGACAGGUUACUUGAGACGACUGUCCCUCAUCUCGGGAACAAUCUUCCAUCUCACCUCAGAACACAACCAGAUUUAGCUGUUUUUAAAUCAAAUCUGAAGACUUGUCUCUUUACUGAAGCAUUUGACCUCUAUGUGGUAUCAAUACCAUCUUAGAGCCAAAGCGCCUUUGAGCAGUUUAUGGGUAUUGGCGCUAUACAAGUAUUUGUAUGUAUGUAUAAAGUGUACAAUGUUACUGCUUGUCUGAUGAGGAAACCUGCGAUAUGUUGUAGCGAUGACUUUGGAUUUGCAUUCAGUUCGCCCCUUUAAUAUCGAAGCUGUUUCUUAUAAGUCAAGAAAACAAACGAAUCAAAGUGUAAAUAUACAUGCAUACACAUCCCAGCUGAGAAAACUAUUCUUAUUUCAAUAGUUGCACUGGAGUGAGUUGGCCGAUUUGAAAGAUCUGUUUAUACAUGGUGUGGUCAACAAUGAUUAACCCUGAAACUGCUCUCAUGUAUUACAUUCAUGUGUAUUGACUCCCUCCAGAACUACUUACAUGUUGUCUGGGGUUAAUAGUGAUUACUUAUGUAUACUUAUUUGUGCUGAUAUACUGUUUACCCAUAACCUACCUUUGUUUAUACAUGUAUGUUACUGAUGUUUACCUGUCGACAGGCAGUCACCUGUGUUCACUUGUAAAUAUUCAAUAUUCAGGUAUUGUACUACUGAAAGCCAUCUCUCAGUAGGGGAAUUGAAAUACCCUGCUUCUUUCAAGAUUUAGUAUUUCAGGAGGGAUUUGUAUAAAGAAUGAUGAUACUUUUUAUGGAUGUACAACUUCUUUAUUGUGAAAGGCGACAUUUCAACAGAUUCUAAUAGAAUUCAGAGAAUCUAGGUCGCAACUUCGCCUUUCACAAUAAAGAAGUUGUGUAUCCAUAAAACAUAUCAUCAUUCUUCAUCACCCCAACUUCUAAAAUGCCCAUCAAGGAAGGGAUUUGUAUAAUUUACAAGUUGUGAAAAUCAAUUUAAAAUGUAUUUUUCAUGGUUGUCAAGUCUGCAACUCAGGAAUCAGUCCUUUGAUGUUCACAGGGACCAUAUGGUUGUCAUGGGAAGUCAGUUCAGGAACACAUUAAUUCUGUGCCAUGCAGGCUAUGGCAAAUGAAUACACUUGAAUGAUAUAAUUUAUGGGGAUUUCUAGUAAGAAUAGGUCCCCUGCAAUCUGUGCUGGUUUUAUGGUGUCAAAAUUGGGUGGUGAUUUGUAUGCUAGCAUGUCAUUGUGCAAUAUAAAUCACGAGAUUGUCUGGUCCAGACUUGAUUAUUCAAAAGCCACUGUCGGACAAUAGGAAUAUUGAUGAGUGUGAUGUUAAACAACAACUGAACACGAACAUAUUUUUGUUGUAGCCAGAAAUGGACCCGGGUGUAGAAUCAUCCCACAGAUGGCAUUGCUUAUGUUGUCAGCUUCUUGACUCUCUUUGGUCAUGUGUACAUGGAUAAGAUUACUAGUGACCAUGAUUCCCUGCAAGGGACUGAGAAAUUGUAUUACUGUUGUAGCAUGAUAUAGAGAUGACACCCUUACCUUGUCAGCUUGCUCACAGGAUUACCCGCUUUGUUCAUGUGGACAAGGUGUUAGACUUCAGAUCAGGAGGACAUGGUUCUAAUCCCACCACAAGACUUUUAGGGCUGCCCAAUGUGGGGUGGCCAUAACGUAACCCCCAUAAAGCUGUUUAUACAUAUACGUCUGUGAUCAUGUUCCAGAAUUUGUCACACAUUGUACAUCUUCAGCAUUUGAUGAAAAAGGGUAAUAUAGCAGUGUUUAGAAAUGUCUACUUUCAUGGAUCUAUUUAGUAAAGUUGAAUAACUGCUGAUUAAGGUUUAACUAUAGGCCGUCAUAUGCUGAUGUUGUCAUCUGUAAAUAACUUGUGUAUUUUUGUAUAAUAGAUGAUACUGACACAUUUUGUCAGCUGGUAUCUAAUAAUCAGUGGCCACAUUUGCUCAGAUUUUACUUGCAUGUAUUUGUACAUUCAUAACCUGAAUCAGUGAUCAAGGAUACCCUUGUUUAUAGUGCUUUGUGAAGUGUGACAAGUAACCCCCAUUACGCUGUUUAUACAUCUUUGUGAUCAUGUUCCAGUAACUGUCAUACAUUGUAUGUCUUUAGGGUUAAUAGGGUAAUAUGGCAACGUUGUAUCAUUUUUACAUUUAGAUUUUUUGAUAAACACAACUGGUUAACUGCUGAUAAUCUUGGUAGGACGUGUGUACAGCAUAUUCAUUCCUCUUGAUAUGUUAACUGGUAUUCAGCAGUCAGUAAAUAAUUGAUUUAUCCAAGGCAUUAUGUUUUCAUGAGGUUUAGAGAAUUAAAUAUAAAACAAUGAUGAUAGAAAUGAAAAUGACAUGUUUAAAACAUCCAUGUGAUGUCCUUUAGGAAUUGUUAGUUGGGUGAAACAUAAAAAAAUAAACAAGUUCAUUGUGACAUUUGGGAUUAGUCUUUCUUUGAGCAAA